AUGUGGCGAAAAAGGUUGCCGCUGAGAGAUAUUCGAAAAGCGAAGAUAUGGCUCUAUCGAAGCCAAUGUGUGACAUGCUCGAAGAGAAGGAAACAUUAC